UGGAAUAGGUUUGUCUCUGGGGUUAUAUUAUGUUCUGGGUGAAUAUUUGGUGCCUGUAAUGUUUUCCCGUCCCACGCUGCUCUUGAAAGCCCGUUUUGACCUGAGUCGCGAGGCUCCGACAGACAAGCGCGGGGCGCUCGGCUAGUUAUUAGCUACCAGGUUGUCCGGUACUUCCAGACCCGUGAACCCAAAUGUUUCGGGUUAUCCGUGGCCUCCCAGAAAUUAUUAAACAGAUUUUUUUCUAUCCCGUGAAUAUGAAAUGUCUGCAUUGUGAUUCUUUGUCGCCGGCGCGAGCUGGUUUUCUAUGCGCGCGGCGGGUAACGUACCGAUAUGGCGAGGCGCUCCGUUAGCCGCCAUCUGGCUAAAUAGCUGCCAUCGCCUGUUCUUUUUCACGAUGGAAGCACGUUUUGCGUUUGGCUGGCCACCAAAUAUUUUUUAAAAGUCGUCGUUAAACUUAAGCGACUGACGCUGAGCCGUUAUAUCAUCGCCCUCUCCUCCAGUGCCAGAAUAUGUGUUCAAACCCCCACAGCGACCAGACUUUGGCACCAUGGGCAGAGCCAUCAAGCUCCAGGCUAAUUUCUUCGAGAUGGAAAUACCAAAGCUUGACGUGUACCAUUAUGACAUAGAUAUCAAGCCUGAAAAAUGUCCACGCAGAGUUAACAGAGAAAUCGUGGAGCACAUGGUCCAGCACUUUAAAACCCAGAUCUUUGGAGAUCGAAAGCCAGUGUAUGACGGGAGGAAGAACCUCUACACAGCCAUGCCCCUGCCAAUCGGGAGGGAUAAGGUGGAGUUGGAAGUGACCAUUCCGGGGGAGGGGAAGGACAGGAGCUUCAAGGUGGCCAUAAAGUGGAUUUCUUGUGUCAGUCUGCAAGCCCUCCAUGAAGCGCUCUCGGGUCGUGUGCCGAACGUUCCCUUCGAAACAAUUCAGGCGCUGGAUGUCAUCAUGAGACAUUUGCCCUCUAUGCGGUACACGCCAGUCGGGCGGUCCUUUUUCACCCCAUCGGAAGGCUGCUCCAAUCCUCUUGGAGGAGGCAGAGAAGUCUGGUUUGGAUUUCACCAAUCUGUCAGACCUUCCCUCUGGAAAAUGAUGCUCAACAUUGAUGUGUCAGCCACGGCAUUUUACAAAGCACAGCCUGUGAUUGAAUUCAUGUGUGAGGUUUUGGAUUUCAAAAGCAUUGAAGAACAACAGAAGCCCUUAACAGAUUCCCAAAGAGUGAAGUUUACUAAGGAAAUCAAAGGUCUGAAAGUGGAGAUCACACACUGUGGCCAAAUGAAAAGGAAAUACAGAGUAUGUAACGUUACCAGGAGGCCGGCUGGCCACCAGACGUUUCCUCUCCAGCAGGAGAAUGGACAGACCAUCGAAUGCACAGUAGCACAAUAUUUCAAAGACAAGUACAAACUUGUGCUCCGGUACUCGCACCUGCCCUGCUUACAGGUUGGCCAGGAGCAGAAACACACCUACCUACCGCUUGAGGUGUGUAACAUAGUGGCAGGACAGCGAUGCAUAAAGAAGCUGACAGACAAUCAGACCUCCACUAUGAUCCGUGCUACAGCCAGGUCUGCCCCUGACCGACAGGAUGAGAUCAGCAAGCUGAUGAGGAGUGCCAACUUCAAUGAUGACCCUUAUGUCCGUGAGUUUGGAGUCAUGGUGAGAGACGAGAUGACAGAAGUGAAUGGUCGCGUCCUUCAGGCACCGUCCAUACUCUACGGAGGACGGAACAAAGCGAUAGCUACUCCAAUUCAGGGAGUCUGGGACAUGAGAAACAAGCAAUUCCAUACUGGGAUUGAAAUCAAAGUCUGGGCGAUAGCCUGUUUCGCUCCUCAGCGCCAGUGCACUGAACUGCUACUCAAGGCGUUCACAGACCAGCUACGGAAGAUCUCGCGUGAUGCGGGAAUGCCCAUCCAGGGCCAGCCCUGCUUCUGCAAGUACGCCCAGGGUGCAGACAGCGUCGAACCUAUGUUCAAGCACCUGAAGUACACCUAUCAAGGCUUGCAGUUGGUGGUGGUCAUCCUCCCUGGGAAGACACCUGUCUAUGCUGAGGUGAAACGCGUGGGGGAUACUGUGUUGGGCAUGGCCACGCAGUGUGUCCAGGUGAAGAAUGUGCAGAAGACCACGCCGCAGACCCUGUCCAACCUCUGCCUAAAGAUCAACGUUAAACUAGGUGGAGUCAACAACAUCCUGCUGCCUCAGGGCAGGCCUUUGGUGUUCCAACAGCCUGUGAUUUUUCUGGGUGCAGAUGUGACCCACCCACCAGCAGGGGAUGGCAAGAAGCCCUCCAUUGCAGCGGUGGUCGGCAGCAUGGACGCCCACCCCAGCCGCUACUGCGCCACUGUACGCGUCCAGCAGCAUCGGCAGGACAUCAUCCAGGACCUGGCUGCCAUGGUAAGGGAGCUUCUCAUCCAGUUCUACAAGUCCACGCGCUUCAAACCCACACGGAUUAUCUACUACCGCGACGGUAUCUCCGAAGGCCAGUUCAACCAGGUGCUGCAGCACGAACUGCUGGCUAUCCGUGAGGCUUGCAUCAAACUUGAGAAGGACUACCAGCCAGGCAUCACCUUUGUGGUCGUGCAAAAGCGUCACCAUACCAGGCUCUUCUGUACGGACCGGAACGAGAGGGUGGGUAAAAGUGGAAAUAUUCCCGCGGGCACCACUGUGGACACCAAAAUCACCCACCCUUCUGAGUUCGAUUUCUACUUGUGCAGCCAUGCAGGCAUUCAGGGAACCAGCCGACCCUCCCAUUACCAUGUGCUGUGGGAUGACAACCAUUUCACCUCGGACGAGCUCCAGGUCCUCACGUACCAGCUGUGCCACACCUACGUGCGCUGCACGCGCUCCGUGUCCAUCCCUGCACCGGCAUACUAUGCCCACCUGGUGGCAUUCCGGGCCCGCUAUCACCUGGUGGACAAGGAGCAUGACAGUGCUGAAGGCAGCCACACCUCAGGGCAAAGCAAUGGGCGGGACCAGCAGGCCCUGGCCAAAGCAGUGCAGAUCCACCAGGACACCCUGCGAACCAUGUACUUUGCCUGACCGGAAGAAGGGGGCGCUGAUGUUCCCAGCGAGGUCAAGCUCACAGCUGAAAUGGGCCUACAGGGUGGACCCGUAGGUGCGUUUUUGCCUGUGGUGUGGUCUCCCUGGAAUGGCGUUCGUGAAGUAUCCCACAAUGCACCUUGACAAACUUUUUACUCUAUGUCCCAAAUGUACAACAAAGUCAGCUACUUUAAAAAAGCUAGUCUCCUCCUAAGUGUAAAACUGAAAAUUUGUGUAAAUCAGCCAGUUCUUUUCUAUGUGUUCAGAUAUGUAUAUACAUGUAAAUUUUUAGGAAGUUUGCUUACAUAGUCUCCUAACAUAGUUGUAAUUCAUUUUUUAUGUCAAAGUAAAGGUGGGGUCUGUAGGGGUUGAUGCGAGUUUAUUAGAGUCCCUUCUGACUCACUGCAUUUUUCAUAUGGAUUGUAUAUUGGGGGGCAUAGAAGGUGAGGGAACAGGGCUUGUUUGAAGUGAGCUGGGCUCUUUCUGUACUCAUAACUUCACACAUCAGGGCUGUUUAUGAGCCAAGCAGUGGGAUGGGGCCUGGCUGUUGAAGGGUACUUUUUGGGCACAGGGGUACUUAACAUGCUCUUUCUGUACUGCUCUGUGAGUUUCACCUAGACUGCACAUUGUGAAAGCCAUUGGCCCAUUCAUUCCUGUCUGAGGGAGCCCCCUGGGCUGUCAUUUGAAAAGUGGGACUGGCUCCCAUCACAGAAACCUUAUUAACGUCUUAUGACCAGAGUUGCAAUGCAGGGUAGGUGUCUGUUGUGGAGGCAAAAUUGAGCUUUGGGGAUACUAAAAAAGACACAUGCACUGCUUGUAAAAAAUUUUCAGUUGAUUUUAAAAUACUGCCUUUUUUCAGACUUCAUUUAGUGUCAUUGUCACAGGUGCAAUUAAGAUGUAGAUCUCUGGCACUUUAAAAGAAGAGGAAGCUAUAAUUUGAGCCUUGCUAAAAGUCCCUAUAACAGCAUCAUGUCAAGAAGGAGUUUCUGUGGGUAGUGGGUGUACUUUUUUUUCUUUAAUAUUCCUUAAUUAUUACUGUGAUUCCAAAUUUCGCAGCAGUCUUAGUGAACUUAAGAAAUGCUUGCAAAAAAAUAACAGCGAGGACAUGUAAGUUAUGUGUUCUUGAUGUAACUGCAUAGCUCCUGUCCCAAGGGUUUGGCAUGGAAGGUUUGGUCAUGCUUUUUGAAGGGGAUCAUCAUAUGAUCUAGCUACCUGAACUCAGUCCAGCAUGGAUUUCUAGCACAUGGAUGAAGUACUGGACUUUUAUCAACUUCAUAAUGGCCCAUGAUAAACUAUUGGAAAUCGGGAAUCAUAAUUGCAGAAACAAUCUUUUACAUAUUCAGCUUUUACUAAAGUGUCAUUUUUUUAAAACAUUACUGUAAGUGCGACCCGCCCCCUCAUCUCCAUGCACUGUUAUCCAUUUGUAAGCCUAGGGGUUCUGAUGGCUGACUUGAUGAAUUUUAUGGUAUUAAUGCUUUUUCUAACUAUGCAUCAUUUUAAAGCAAAGUGAUCUAGCAUCUUAUAAGAUGGACUUGUAGCUGUUUGUUUAGAUGAUUUGUACUGUAGGUUUUUACUUUUAGUGCUAUGCAUACCAUUUGUUGUUCAUUUCAUAUCCCAGUUUGUUCCUAUGCUUAACACAAUCCCAGCAUCAUUCUUAUCAGCUCAGUGUUCGUCGAAUAGUUUCUGAAUGCUUAGCAUAAAACGUGCAUCUUUUCGCCAAAUGGUGUGGCUGAAUGUUUGACUUGUGAUACUUGUGGUCAAUAGAGAGCUGGCCGAUUGAAAUGUAGGUGCUACUUUGGCAUGGUGAGGAGGUGUAGUUGAGCUUUUUUGGCCCUUAACUGUACUGAUACCAGAAGACCUCGGAAUUCAUAUGCAUUUGAAGGACAUGAUAGGCAGAGUGAUAACAAAGUAUAAAAGCCUUCCUUAAGUCUUUUGUUAGUAAUGUUUUACUUUUAAUCUGCAUAACCUGAAAUAGCUUGCUCUAUGUUUGGGGCAUUUCUGAAAAGAUGUACUUGAUUUCGCAAACGCUUUUUUAAAAAAUUAUUUAUUUCUUUUCUCCAGUCUGCCGAGCUUUUAUGUAGAUGUGCUUUGAGUGAUCUGAGCUUAGGGGCAGAAACAUCAGUUCUGGAAAGAUUUGUUCGUGGCAGUGUAAUUGUGUGAAAGUGGCUUUGCACUACCUCUUGUUACCUGUUCAGAUGUAAUGGUAACAUUUACAGCCAGGUCAUUUAUGCAUAAUUACAUCAUGUACACAGAAGGGUGAAAUUAAACAUGGUCUCCUGAGCAUGCUGGCUGUGAUAUUUCUGCCAGCAUUCUGGGCCAGUCCAAACCAUUCCUCUCCAGCGUGGAAAACCCACUUGGAGUGGAAAGCACAAAAUCCUAAUCUCAAAGUUGGCUCCCUGUGUUAUUUGGGCUUGAUGGAUCAGUAAAGAACAGACUCACUGAGAGCAGGGUUGCUUUGGUGCAUAGAAAAAUGUAGGGGCACAAAGGUCAUGCAGGUAUAGAAACUGAUCAGACUUUAAGUGGGGACUCCUGAUUUAUGUAGAUGUUUGGGUCCAGAAGGUUGCAUGCAGUGUCUCUUGAAAUAUUUUUAACUCAUAGGCCGUUGUUCACCUCUGAAUUCCAGUGGAAAAACCAGUACCCUUAGACAGUAAUAUACAGUAAUAUUUGCUUUUAAAGUUCAACACAGAUCAUGCUUUUUUAAAAUGUACAUUCUGGUAUCUAGCUGUAUCUUCGUGUGAGGCUGUAAAACCAAUGAGUUUUUAUUUUACCUAGUUUUAAACUUGUGUACCCAAAAAGAAACCUGGAAACUUGCAAACCCAUGUGAAUACAUGUCUGGUGGAACGGCCUGUUCCUAUUUGUGUGAACACUAGAUUGGUUUGAUGAUGUUAGGGGGUUGCUUUCUAAACAAUUGUUAAAACCUCACUAUUUUUCUUUAGAUUUUUUCAUGCAUUUAGUUUUUUUACCACACUAGUCUGGAAGUGAUUAAUUUUCUAAUUUGUGAAGAGAUUUGUUGGUGCUUGUGAUUAGCUGUUCUUGUUGCAAAAAUAAAACUUAGCUGACAGUGUACUGUUUUUUUUUUAUUAUUUUUUUUAUAAAGAUAUUUUACUAUUUGCUAGUGUUGUUUUUAACUUACUCCUGCACCUUAGAUUAUUAGAUCUGUACAGUUUAUAUAGAAAUCAUGAAUUGAAUUGUGUGAUUUGCACUAUAAUAAAUGAACCGUGUAGAUAUUGCAUAGUGCUCAAUCGAGUCUGUCCCCGAAUGUGUUCUGCCCCGUGAACAUAUUGAUUGCCACAGCUUAUCAGCAGUACUUAUUUGUAACACGCUAUUGCUAAAUUUGGCUGUUCUAACCCGCUUUUUUUGAUUAGGGCUUGCAUUGUCUGUCCUCUAGUUGUGGAUCUCUCUUGCCAGUUGUCGUUUCUCAGCUGAGGAAAGAGGUAAAUUGUUAGUGAAGAAUUAGCCAGGCUUCAUGUCCUGACUUUCAGCAUUCAGCUCAGACAGGGGUCGGUUAGUCACCGUUUACUCAUGCUUGGUGCACCUGGUAGACCCAGUGAAGAUAACGUUUGAUAUCAGCAGUCAAUCUGUUGGAUAUUGCACUGAAAGGCAUCAGAGAUGUAGAUAUGAGUGUGUGAAUGUUGACUGAGAUGGGGGAUGCAUGCAAAACCUGUGGAUGAUGGCUUGUAUGUAGCUUGUUUUCUAGCGUUUUCCUGAGCUAGUUUCUGUCAUUUUAAGGUUGCACAGUGUUUAGCUUGACCACAUCUCUGACAUACACGCACGCUAGUGCUUGAUGCAGGCCAAAUUUAGGGCUGGAAUUGGAGGCCAUUAUCCGCAGUGUCUGAGGGAUCGUGGCUUGCCAGCCUCCUGCAGCACACCUUCAAUUGUGUACUUAAUAGAUUUGGCUUCAGAUAGUUUAAUGGGUAGUGGUGUUUGUUUUUCAUUUCUUGAAAAUUGAUGCACCUUUUACAGUACUGAAGAGUCCCAUAAGAAAAGAAGCCUGACAAAUCAGCACUCCGUUAAAAGUGGCUAAAAGGGUCUUUUAGAUUUACUUUGUGUAUGUAGAGAGGUUACAUGUUUUUAAUAAUCAAAGCAAUUAUGUUACCAGAUGAUGAUGAUGGUGAAAUAGCUUAUCCAAUGGUAUUGUUUAGUAAUUAGGGUCUUUCAGAAAAAGCACAACUGUUUUCAAGAAUGGUAGCUUUACACCUGUGACAAAGUUUAGGAAUACAAGGAGAAUAUUGUAGGGCUGAAGUCAAGCAGGUGGAGGAUGUAAUUUGUGAGAUCAGUGUAAUUGUUUAACAUCUGAAUUGUGCUUCUCUUGAGAUGCAAGGUCAGUGCAGCAUGCAACAUGUGUGUUUGCCGUUGUUUGGGUGCCAGGAGACUUGGUUAGCAGGCAUCUGUGGGUGGAGACAUCCUCCGCUAUUUUUCCUGCAGGGGAUUGUUGCGCCAUAUCCCAAUUUCCCAUCCCCCAAAAUUUCUUGCUUAACUCCCAUCUUUGGUCUUCUUUGGCCUGAUGUGGGUUCUUCAAGAAAAGGCUAUGCAGUAUGUGGUGUGUCCAUGCUUUUUGUCUCCAUAUAUCUGUGUGUGUGCGUGCAUGUGCGUAUCUUUGAACGAUCAUGUAAUUGGUAAAGGCUACCUCUAGAAUGAGGGUUUUACCUAUAUCAUUACACCAUGAGGGCAGUUUUCUAGGUGACAUCCAAGCUUGCUGUGGGGUUUUCAGUGUCCAUCAGCAGAAAUUGGCUGUACAGCAGAAAUAGGUGCACUGUACUCACUAAAAUGUAUAUCAUAGACAAACAUGGGCAACAUAGGCUACCUUUUAGAGCCAACAUUGGUGUUGAAAGCAGCAAAAACAACAUUCUGUGAUUUUUGUGCAGGGAUCUUGUAGAAGCAUUUCGUUUUUUUGGUCUGUUGCCUGUGCAAUUUUUUGUUGUUCGGAAAGUCACUGUCAAUGGGGAAUCUUUGAAGCAGUUUUUAACUACAUUUUGAGUCCUAUAGUUGACUGCAGACUGGUGGCUGUGUAAUAUCAAUAUAAAUCCCAGGCAGACUGACAACUUCACGUUUCCUCAGUGGUGUCUACUUACCAAGAAAGUUUCUAACCCAGUUAUCUACAGUGGAGCUGUUUGCCUGUAUAAAUCCAUGGAUUGUACAGUAUGAUGUGUAGUGUGUUACCUUAUCGACAUUUCCUUAUUAUAGACCUUAAUUUUCUUGUCGUGAUUUUACAGAUUAUACAGCAGCCCAUUUCUGUUAAGCAGAGGAUCAUGUCAUGGCCUGGCUUGACAGCCAUGUCUCUGGGGAACAGUCCUCCACAGGAAUAUGGGUGGUUUCCUCUGCCUGUUAGUUCUGUGUGAGAAAAGUUAAAAAUACCAUCGAUGCAAUUGGCGGCUUGCACAAACAUUCGAAAUGUACACCAUUUUUUGACAACGGUGGAGUCGGGCUCAAUUCACAUUUUUGGCAGCAGUGUUUUAAAAAUGACACAAGAUAUGCAUAUUUUCACAUUUGCACUAUUAAAUACUGCUGAUGUAUUUUUUUAUUUUGAUAGUAAAAUGCGUGUAAGAUAUCAUACAGAUAAAGCAAGGACUUUUGAGGUGCAGUGUCUGAAGACCCCAGAGUCUUGAGACCGCCGUUUUUCCAUAGACAUGGCAGACAAGCAAUCUGCAGAUCCCCUUGUGGUACUUUUGUUUUCUCAUUAACCCUAAGAUUUAACAAGCAGAAAGAAUGUAUUAAUGAAGCCGGACUUCUUAUGAACGUGGGACAGUCUGCAUGCAUACCUGCACAGAAAGAGUUGAGCUGUUAUCCUUUGAAAACACACUUUGCGUUUUUUUUUUAGUCAAAGCAACGUUUAACACUUGCCACCUUUAAUCCUGGUUCAAUUGAACUGAGCUGGCUAACAAUGAAAUAAUACUUAGGAUUUGUUUUAAAGCUGUAAGAAGCUAUGACUUUCCUUUUGAGGAGAAAAAAAGUAUGAGUAUUCAUUUGAUCAAAAACCCUUGCAUAGGUUGAAUCGUUUUCUGCAACUUGGCACGUUUCAAGUGCACUGAACAGAGGUUAGGCGCCAUAAGUCUGACAUCAGAAGGAGUCUGAGGUGCUUAGUUUUCCAAAAAACUGCAAUACUACCUAAUGUCCUACAUCAUAAGUACAGUAGCUGUGUAACUCUCUUCUUGAUAAUCAAGUUGCAUGUUAGGAACAUGAAGUCAUCUUUAUUUUCUCAGAUUUUUUGUUGGAUCUAGUGGCUGACACAUUCUCUGAAAUGUGGGUCGUUUGCUCACAAAAAUAGUUGUAUAAAAGCGCAGGUCAUGUAAUCACAAAUGGAGUUGUUGGUGAAUAACAUUUCCGUGAUCUUUUUCCUUGGAUUGCUAGCCAGCAGUUGUUUUGCCAGGACUGACCCCUUGUUUAACCUCUUUUCUGCUUAUUUGUUGGAUGGUAUACCGAAAGCUCACAAAACAAUGGAAUUACCAUAGGACUGUACAAUAAGCAACUGAUGCCAUAUUAACUUAAGUGCAUAACAAAAGCAUGCAAGACUGAAACAGGUAUUUCCUACCUUUUCCCUUUUGUUGAAGGCAUUAAGAGCUUCAGAAUAACCUGGCUUUUUAUACCAACUUGGAUCUACCUCAGAAUGAAGUCGGGUGCUAGAAUUGUAAUCCCUAAUUUAUGAUUGAAAAAAAUCGAUAGUGACCAAACAGCAGCCAAUACUGUGUGUUAUUUUUUCUUUUCUAAACAAUUUGUAAUUAUGGACUAACUUGAGGGAUGUUUUAUGUAACAAGAGUUUGGGGGACCAAUUUUAUAAUUGGAAAUCAGGUGUAAAAUGUUACAUCUUGCAUUGUACAUUAUUUGUAUGCAUGUUGUCCCUUUUUAAAAUGUAGUAAAUGCAUUUACACUGUUUGUGAUUCAACAGGAUUCAAGUACAGCUCUGGGAAAAAAUUUAGAGACCACAACAAAAUUCAGUUUCACUCAUUUCCCAAUUUUAUAGGUAUGCAAACUUCAGCCUGGCUCUUCUCAUUGAUGACGGGCUUCUUCCCUGCUUUAUGGGUCUGCAGUCCUGUUUCUAGGAACCUGAUAUGAACUGUCCUAGCAGUGCACUUCACACCAUUUAAUGUUUCCCAUUCUUUCUGAAGGUCACUUGACGCGGUGAUCCUCCGAUUUUGAGGCACAGCAGGAUAAGGUGACUGUCACCUCUGGCAUUAGCAAGUUGCUUGUGCCCUUUACGUGACUGGUUUUUGGUUAUUGCCAGCGUCUCAAAUUCACCUUGUUCUUGUGUACUGUUGUCUUAGAAACUUUGAGCCUGGAAGCAGCCGGCCUUGCAGUGUAGCCUUCUGCCAGCAGAACCAGGCUUAAACAGGAUUUAUAACGGCAGAUUUAUUAUUUUUUUUAAAUAGUGAACUCAUAUUUUUUUCCAGAGCUGUAUACUGCAAUAUAAGCUUUUCUGUGGGAAGAUGAUAUUCAGAUGCAGAUUUUUUUUUUCCAAUUUUAAUUGCUGUACAGAAAUCCAGGAGCUAACACUGAGCAAUAAUGGUCAAGAAUUCUGAUUUCAACAUUUGCACAGUUCUGAUGUUUCCCCUACGCAAAACUCGCCUAAUAACACUGGUGACUGCUGAUAUUAGUGGGGGCAUUCUAAGGUUCUAGAUUCCUAGAGCUGUAAAUUUUGAUCGCCAUUGUGGAUUGUAAGCUGCCAAAGGGUCAUUAUCAACAUAUCAAUUUUGAAUCUGCCUAGUUUGUGAUACCGUGCAGAGGAGUAGUUGGAGUGAUUACCAUAUAUAAGCACCUAUUGGAAAAAUAGUGACAUACUUUCCUGUAAGAACAGACAUUAAAUCUGUUGAUCUCAGUUAUUAUGGGUUACUGAACAUGCUGGGUUCUCCCUUGUUGCAGUAAAACAGGCUACAUUUACCUCCAGCUUAAAUCAUUUUUGCAUGUUCUUUAAACAGAAAAUGAGUGUAACAGUCAGAUUAUUUUUUUAAUGUAGUUAUUUGCUACAUUUUAUAAAGGGAACAAAGAUUUGGUGUUUUAUGACUUAUGGGUGGCAUAUUUCAAUAACUCAAGAGAUUUUGAUUACUUAAUGAAAAUGUACUAAGUUUGUGUGGGAAUUGAGAACAAGUCUGUCAUCCAUCUUAUUUCAGCUGGAAACAUCCCUUGUGUUACGUGUGCCUUUACCACUCUUCCAGUCAUUUUAAUGGGUAUUCUACUAUGACUUGCAGCACCACAUUCAAGAAUAUGUACAUUGAUUAUCAUGCAACCUUCUUAAUAUGCUGCAUUGAAUGAUCAGUAUUUGUGUUUUGCACUUUCAGCGCAGUUACAAAAUUGCCCAAUAAGCUGGGCAAGUAAAGACGAGGUAUUUUAUGCUAACAAAGGAGAUAUAAGGAAUACUAUGACUUUGGAGACAUUUUCUAGAGACUUUAAAUGAAGUACCUCAUAAGCCUGAUGUAUGCUGCAUUUUUAAAAAUUUAUUCCCCCCCCCACCCCCCCAUGUAUUGCCAGGUUUGAUGUUCACACGAGACUGUAAGUUUGCCUUUUUGGAAGCUUGUUGCUUAUUAGUAAACACAUGCCACAGGUGUAUUAUUCAAAAUGCUUUUAUAGAUAGGCUUUGGCUCAUAGUCUGGCUCUUUGGUGUCAGGUAGAUGUACAGCUGCCUGUAAACUCUGUUCGCCAUAAAGGCACAUGCACCUUAAAUACUAAAGAUACUCAUAGUGACACGUUGUCCUUUGUACAAAAUUGAGACUAUCCUGUCAAUGUGACUGUUGACUCAGGUAUCAACAUUAAAGGGCUUUAACUGUAGGUCCUCUCUUUGUCCCUGACUUGUUUAAGUAGCCUUGGAUUUCUGGGAAACAAUUUGACAGAUUGGCCUGAAAGAGAUUCUCCCGUAUAACCCACAGAAAGCAGAUGGGCUUGAGUUUUAUAGUGCACUACAGUCACCAAGUAGAGUCACGCCAUGCGCUUUAGUCACGUCUACCUCCCUUUAACUGUUGUGGCUUGGGGGAUGAAUAUAACAGGAAUGUCAAUUUCCAUUCUGGACACAUGCUGGUUUAUGAAUAAUCCCUCACCAUUUGGAAUCGAUAUUCUUUUACUAUAGAAAAGGUAGCUUUUAAGGAUUAGCCUUGAAUUAUUAGUCUUUCAAACACCAAAUCUUCAGUUUUUCAUUUUUUCCUACUUUCAAAGGAAAAACCUCUUGUGUGUCAUGGGAGAUCAAAGUGACCAAAGUUCUUAAAAGCAGGGCAAACUGCACAGUUGUGUGAACAUAAGCCACCUUUUUACAUUUAAUCCAUUAUUUUAUUUUCUCUCUGCCACAUGCCAAAAUGGUCAUUCCUGUUAUGGUGAAGUCUUUUGUUGUGUUUCUAAAUUCACUGCUAAGCUCAUUGUUGUUGUAAAGUGAAAGUAAGUAUUGAUUUUAUUUUUUUCCUUUUAACAAUAAAUACAACUCAAAUAUGCUGUAAAACCUGUUAGAACAUAAUGUGAAAAUGUAUCACUUUAUGAAAUUUAUAAUGUAGUUCACACUUUGGGCUUGACUGUAUAUUGCAUUAAUAAAAUUUAAAACCUA